CUCAUUUUUCCAAUUUGGUGUUAUCCUUCAUUGUGUUUUCAUCUUAAUUUCUACACGUUUAUUUGACUUUUUUGCUCGAAUCGUAUCUAUUCAUAUUAUACUGUUGAUUUAAUUUUAAUUGUUACCCCUAGCUGUAACAAUAAAUACGAAUUUUACCGGAUCGAAUACCGACACUAGUGAAACACUACGAAACAAUCUACGACGUUAACAAGUAUCCGGGACGAAGUGAAAUAAUAUCGAGAAAAAACGAUAUGAUGGAAAAUAGAAGUGGAAGAAACAACAACAACAUAGAACAAGAUCGAAAAAAAAUGUAUAUUAAAUUAAUAGUAUUAGCUAUACUACUUCAUUCUGCGCAGUCUCAAACGGAGUUCACUUGUCCAGCUGGUACAGUUUCAGUGCCAACAAGACCGCCUCGAGUUGCUCCUGGAAACUAUGAGAGUAUCAUAUUACCAAUUAAUAAUACCAUAAGAGACGUCUUCAUUUAUUGGCAAACUGUAGAAGAAAUCGAAAUGUGCGAUUACUCGUUUGAGUAUCGUGCUUAUUACGUAACCAUGACAAAAGAUAAUAGAAUCAUCAUGCAUCCCAGCAACGGAACAUCUUUGAAUCGAGCCAAGUUUAUAGGACUCAGAACGAACACUAGUUAUAACUUUAGAAUAUACUCGGCCAAUAAGAAUGGCCUGUCGUCAAAUUAUGCCAGUCUAUUUUUAUCUAGGGAAUCGGAUGAACUCGAAAAACCGUUAUCGUUCACAUCGAACAAACAGAUUGUUGGUCGCUCUAAUACAUACCAAUUGUCGUGGACGAGUAACAGAAGUAAGAAGUUUUCCGCAGGCGAUCAACUGGACUAUUACACGUUGUAUUGGUGUUUGGGUGACUCGAAAUAUGUACAUCAAUGCGUUGAUCAGUUGAACUGGUUGCACGUGCCAAUAUCGGAAACCUCCUACAACCUGGCCGUGCCGAAUGACAGCUUCGGGAGGGAGUACGUGUUCGCGAUAAGUGUCGACCGGGUGAAGAAUAGCUUUAACAGCAACAACACGGUCAGUAGCGGAAUCCUAUGGGAACCGUGCAAGACGCUGCACUUCGACCCAUAUAAUACAUUCAUUGUGACGAACGUUUGGGCUACGAUUGUUUCGUCAACAUACAUUGGACUGAGAUGGAAGCUAGACUGCACCGAAACAUUCGACUUGGUGGACGAAUUCAAUAUAAUCUACUGUCCCACGAUCAGUGGCAACCAGUGCAGCGGAACCCAACAACAAACCACGUUUGACAAUAAAAAUAUGCGUCAUGACCGCGUUGCUUUUAAUUUUAUAACGGGACUGUAUCAUUCCACUACUUAUCUGAUAAAAAUAGUGAUGUAUUCAAAUUCCAGCCACAUGAAUUCUAUUCCAAUUUCCGUAAAAACAUUACCUAAAAACACGAAGAUCACAUAAAAUAUAAAAUCAAUAAAUACAAAUUAUUAUUUGUAUCU